UCUAGCUGCGCCCGUCUCGGUGGUUUCGCGGGUCUUCCCGCCACGCCCCCGUUCCCCCCCUCGCUCGCUGGCUGCUGUGCCUGGGCAGCCCCCCUUCAGUACAACUGUUGCUGCUGCUGGGCCUUUGUGGCCUCUUGGUAGGAGGGGGGCUGCCAGGAUGGCCAUGGGGGUCCAGGACCAGUAUGAGCCAGUGGCAGAGAUCGGCAUUGGGGCUUAUGGCACCGUCUUCAAGGCCCGAGACCUGCAGAGCGGCAAGUUUGUGGCCCUCAAGAAUGUUCGGGUCCAAAGCAACGAGAACGGGCUGCCGCUGUCGACUGUGCGUGAGGUGGCCCUGCUGAAACGGCUGGAGAACUUUGACCAUCCCAACAUUGUGCGGCUAAUGGACGUUUGCACGACAACACGGACUGAACGUGAAACCAAAGUAACGCUGGUGUUUGAGCAUGUGGAUCAGGACCUGAGAGCGUACCUGGAUAAAACGCCUCCGCCUGGCCUACCAGCAGAGGCAAUAAAGGACAUGAUGCAUCAGUUUUUGAGUGGCUUGGAGUUCUUGCAUGCAAACUGCAUUGUUCAUCGUGACCUCAAGCCUGAGAAUAUUCUGGUAACCAGUUCUGGUCAAGUCAAGUUGGCUGACUUUGGCCUGGCUCGUAUCUACAGCUGCCAGAUGGCUCUGACACCACUGGUAGUUACCCUCUGGUACCGUGCACCAGAAGUGCUGCUCCAGUCAACUUACGGGAGUCCUGUGGACAUGUGGAGCGUUGGCUGCAUCUUUGCGGAGAUGUUUCGAAGGAAGCCUCUCUUCUGUGGCAACUCCGAAGCCGACCAGCUGGGCAAGAUUUUUGAUCUGAUUGGGCUCCCAUCUGAGGAAGACUGGCCACUGGACGUGUCUCUGCCACGCUGCGCCUUUGCCGCCCGCCUCCCACAACCUGUUGAGAAAUUUGUACCGGAAAUUGAGCUCCUGGGAGCCCAGCUGCUUUUGGAAAUGCUGACCUUCAACCCUUACAAGCGUAUCUCUGCCUUCCAAGCACUGCAUCAUGAAUACUUUCAAGACAAAAGGGCUGUGGAUGGGUAGCAUCCAUGCAGACUUAUGGGAGAGGGGAAAGACUGUACAGAAGACUUGUGUGCAUAUAGGUGUGUGAGGAUAAUAUUGUACCACACUAAGGGGUUCUUGUCUCCAAGUUUCCUGGCUGUGCUGGGAAUUAAGGGUGGGCAGGAAGCGAGUGUUGCCGGCACGCAUUUAAGGAAAAGUGCGUGUUGCGGGAAGUGCAAUGUUCUAAAUCCGUCCCACCUGAGAAAUGGUGGGAUUCUCGUAAUAUCUCUGUGCCGCCCACACCAUACACAUUUCAUGUACCUGGGUAGAUACCCCCAGGCGUUCUUGAGGGCCCCGUUUGUUUAUAGUAGGGCCCAGUUUGAGGCAUCCUCACUCACGUCGUCUGUGGAUUCUUUGCCAAAGGUAUCGCCAAUGCCUUUUUUUUUCCAUAGAAAACUUAUAACAGUUUACACAAUAAUGUUGCUGCCUUUUCCACAUUCCUGUGGCUGACAGUUGGACACUCAAAACCCUGCCUUAACUUGUUACGGAGCUCCAUGGAAAUGGGAGCAAGAGGAUAUUUUUGUACCAAUAUUCACAAUUUUUUAAGAAAUUGUCUUCAAGAGCCAAGACCAGUCAAGGACAUUCCUGUAUCAAUGUGUGUCUUGGCAUAGUGAUUAACGACCUCUGUUUUUGAUUCUAGUCAAUCUUUUUUUUUUUUAAAGAAAUGCUUCUAAAAAUGAUGAUCUUCAAUAAAAUGAUAUGGAUUAGGGGGGC